GAAUUCACUUAAACAACAAUUUAAACCACCUGAAAUUUGGCUUGGAUCAUCAUAGACUGUCUUCCCCUACACACACAUCAGCAAAGCAAGGGAAAAUGGAUUUUCCCAGCACAAGAGCAGGAAGUGACAAGAUUGUCUUGUUGGUGUGUAACCGAGCCUGCACUGGGCAGCAAGGGAAAAGAUUUGGACUGCCUUUUGUGCUGCACUUAGAGAAGACAAUAGCAUGGGAUCUUCUACAGAAAGAAAUCUUGGAAAAGAUGAAGUAUUUCUUGAGGCCCACAGUUUGCAUUCAGGUGUGUCCAUUCAGCUUGCGUGUAGUCAGUGUUGUGGGAAUAACAUACUUGCUGCCCCAGGAAGAACAACCCCUAUGUCACCCGACAGUAGAAAGGGCGUUAAAAUCUUGUGGACCAGGUGGUACUGCUCAUGUGAAAUUAGUAGUUGAAUGGGACAAGGAGACAAAAGAUUUCUUGUUUGUAAAUACUGAGGAUGAGUAUAUCCCUGAUGCAGAAAGUGUUCGUCUGCAGAGGGAGCAUCAUCAUCAGCCUCAAACCUGCACUUUAUCCCAGUGUUUUCAACUGUACACCAAAGAGGAACGGCUUGCCCCUGAUGACGCCUGGCGUUGCCCGCACUGUAAGCAGCUGCAACAGGGAAGCAUUACAUUGAGCCUGUGGACUCUGCCUGAUGUGCUUAUUAUACAUCUAAAGAGAUUUCGACAGGAAGGAGACAGACGUAUGAAACUUCAGAACAUGGUCAAGUUCCCCUUGACUGGCCUGGACAUGACACCUCAUGUGGUUAAGAGAAGCCAGAGCAGCUGGAGUUUGCCAUCCCAUUGGUCCCCGUGGAGACGGCCCUAUGGACUCGGGAGGGACCCUGAGGACUACAUCUAUGACCUGUAUGCUGUGUGCAAUCAUCAUGGCACCAUGCAAGGGGGGCACUACACAGCGUACUGUAAGAACUCUGUGGACGGUCUCUGGUAUUGCUUCGAUGAUAGUGAUGUGCAGCAGCUGUCAGAAGAUGAGGUCUGCACACAGACGGCAUACAUCCUCUUCUACCAGAGGCGGACAGCCAUCCCAUCUUGGUCAGCAAACAGCUCAGUGGCAGGCUCCACAAGUUCCUCCUUGUGUGAACACUGGGUGAGCCGGCUCCCGGGGAGCAAGCAAGCCAGCGUGACCUCUGCGGCAUCCUCCAGACGCACCUCCCUGGCCUCACUUUCUGAGUCCGUGGAGAUGGCUGGAGAAAGGAGUGAAGAUGAUGGAGGCUUUUCAACUCGACCAUUUGUGAGAAGUGUCCAGCGUCAGAGUCUGUCAUCUAGAUCUUCUGUCACCAGCCCCUUAGCCGCCAAUGAAAAUUGCAUGAGACCUUCUUGGUCUCUGUCUGCUAAGCUGCAGAUGCGCUCCAGCUCUCCAUCCCGAUUUUCCGGGGACUCUCCGAUUCACAGCUCUGCUUCCACUUUGGAGAAGAUUGGGGAGGCAGUGGAUGACAAGGUCUCCAUCUCUUGCUUUGGUAGCUUGAGGAACCUUUCUAGCAGUUACCAAGAACCAUGCGAUAGUCACAGUCGUCGUGAGCACAAGGCUGUUGGCCGGGCCCCCCUGGCUGUCAUGGAAGGUGUGUUCAAAGAUGAAUCAGACACUCGCAGAUUGAACUCCAGUGUUGUAGAUGCACAGAGCAAACACUCAGCACAAGGGGAUCGCUUGCCCCCUGUCUCUGAUCCGUUUGAUAACAAUAACCAGAUUGCUUAUGUGGAUCAGAGUGAUUCUGUAGACAGCUCUCCAGUCAAAGAGGUGAAACCCCCAAGCCACCCAGUCUCACUUGCAAAGAAACCAGAGAGCACAACCAAGAGAUCCCCCAGUUCCAAAGGCACUUCUGAGCCAGAUAAAAGCUUGCGGAAGGGGAGACCAACCUUGGCAAGCCAGGACUCAUCUCUUUCAAGUACAUCCCCUUCUUCUCCUCUUCCUGUGAAAGUUUCUCUAAAACCUUCCCGCUCCCGCAGCAAAGCAGACUCUUCUUCCAGGGCCAGUGGACGGCAUUCGUCCCCUGCUCCUGCCCAGCCCAAAAAGGAGUCAUCCCCCAAAUCUCAGGACUCCGUGUCAUCUCCUUCACCACAGAAGCAGAAAUUAGCUUCUGCCCUCACGCACACUGCUUCCUCCACAUCUGCCAAAAAAGCCUCGGUUCCUGCCACAAGAGGCCCCUUCCCUCCUGGGAAGAGUAGGACUUCAGACCGGAGUUUAAGUAGAGAGGGCUCCAGACAAAGCCUGGGUUCAGACAGAGCCAGUGUCACGUCCACCUCCAAACCCAACUCCCCUCGGGUGAGCCAGGCCAGAGCUGGAGAGGGCAGAGGAGACGGGAAGCAUGUCAGGAGCUCCUCCAUGGCCAGCCUGCGCUCCCCUAACACAAGCAUGAAGUCUGGUCUGAAGAGGGACAGCAAGUCUGAAGACAAAGGGCUGUCCUUCUUCAAAUCAGCCUUGAGACAGAAGGAGACCCGGCGGUCGACUGAUCUUGGCAAAACAGCUUUGCUCUCUAAAAAGGCUGGUGGGAGCUCUGUUAAGUCAGUCUGUAAGAAUGCCAUGGAUGACAAGGCAGAAAAAGGCCACCAGCCUCCAGGUUCCCAGCAGCCAAAUGCGAAUGCAGUUGGGAAAGAGCAGCUUGUCUCCAAGGACCCUGCUUCUGCUAAACUUUCCCUGCUGUCUGCUCGCAAAUCCAAGUCUUCCCAUCUAGAUUCUGGAGUCACUUCUUCUCCUGGUGGCAGGCAGUCUGCUGAGAAAUCCUCAAAAAAGUUAUCUUCUAGCAUGCAAACCUCUGCACGGCCUUCUCAAAAACCUCAGUGAUAUUUCUGCAAUCCAAGUGUUUUACCUGUAAAGAUGUUUAUUUAUUUAGAACCCCUCUCCUCCCACUAAAGCCCUCUAUGCUUUGUUUUGUAUUUUUUGGGUCACGUGCCUGACUGUGUGUGUGUGUGUGUGUGUGUGUGUGUGUGUGUGUGUGUAGAAUUUAAUUGCAAGUUGUUAAAAGCGUCGCCUUAUUCUGCCAUUGAACCAAAUAACAGCCAUAGGCAUAGCAUUGAUACCCAGCUAACUGGAAUAACUAUAGACAAUACCCUGGAUGGUCCCUUUAGCAACUGUACAUAUUUCUUUCUAGAGACUCUAAUGACUUUCAUUGGACAUGAGGGUUUUGAAACCUGUGAACCAGUUAAGCUGUCAUUAAUACAUAGAAGGAUGGAUUAUUUGACUUGGGCUUCUUCUGAGCAGGAUUUGUCCUUACUGUGGAUUGUCGGGUGGUACCAGGAGCUCUAAAAACUGUGACACUAACAGUGAAACAAAUAGAGGAAAAAACUGUUGCUUUCUGCACUUUUGCCCCAUCUACCAAGUCUUUGUAAAGGGCAAUAUUUUAACACUAAUGUUUCUCAGGUAUAUACUCAGCUAGUCUAGGACACAUGUGCAUCAGUACAUGGAUUAAAGAGGAAGGUGACAUGUGGGUGACUGUCAUUUUUCCUGUUGCCACGCGUAGGUAUUUUAGAGGAAGAAAUGAAAUCUUUCACUACCUUCACAUCUCCAGAGGUGUGUUUACCAUAACCUGUCAUGACUCUUGGGAUAUGUCCUAAGAUGUGGCAGACUGGAUAGCCAAGAAGCCAGUCACUAGUAGUUAAUUUUUUUUCCUUCUAAAUUUAAUAGCUAAGGCUGUUAGAUUUUGCACUGUAGUAGAGCAGUUAACACCUUUGACAGAUUCCUGGGAAAAAACGGACUCUAAACUGAGUUAAAGAAUUGAUACCAUUUUCCUUCUCUGGUGUUCCUUUUUUCUGUUAGAAGCUGAAUGCUCCAUGCUGCCCCCAUGUCUGUGUGCUUGUGUUUCCUUGUCUUAGAGCUUGGAGAGGAAAGAAAUUGCCUCUUGCCAUAAGUCAGUGAUGCUGUGUUGAAGUGAUAUGUGACAAGUAUUACCUUGCACUUCAGAUCCUGCCUAUCAGUCUUAGUUAGGACUGCUUUCCAGUAACUCAUUUAUUUCUUCCUUGUGCUUAAGGUUUAAUCUUAUGGCUGGAACUCACAAGCAGGAUUUGGAGUAUGUUCUGUCUGGCAGUGGCAGGGCAAAUUGCAUUUUUUAUUAAGAAAAAGGGAAAUCUCAUCGAUAAGCAAGAUAUAUACUUUUUCUAGUUUUUGGGAAGUCUCCUGGCAACACUUUUAUGCUCAAUUUUUUAUUUAUUUAUUUUUUUUCUUUAUCUGUGUUUUUUUUUUUUAAUGUCAAGAGACUCAUGAUCCUGAUACUCUUUGAAUAGCAUUUGUCACUUUUCCCUGAACAACAGCAUGCUAAGUUUUUUUUAAAAAUUUUAUUUUUUGCAUAUUCUGCUUGUGUAUAUAUACUAUUAACCUUUUCUGUCAUAGACUCUUCAAGUUAUUCCUGAACUCAUGGUGCACAGAUCCAUGUAUAAUCUCCCUUUUCAGUAUUGUUGUGUAUGAAGUAACAUAUAUAUAUAUAUAUAUAUAUAGCUAUGAAUUCUGCACUGCCUUUUUUUUUUUCUUUUCCAAGAAUACCUCUUGGGAAAUGUUUUUAGUAGGUUAUUUUAAAACUUUAUUUUGCUGCUAACUUGAGCAUUAACUGGUAACUUGCAAGUCUGGAGGCCAUUUAUGUUGAGGGCAGCUGGAAUUUUAGACCUUUGGCAAUAUUUGAGACUUAACGCUUUCAGCCUUGUGAAAGUUACCAUAUGCUCCAUGAAAUCCACUGAACGUGAGCCUAUUGCCCAUUGCACUCAGUCUUCUACUCGCCACUUCACUGGGUGUCCUUGUCUCACUGUACAGAUGUUGAUGGCUUCCAGAGCAGCAUUACCCUCUGCUGCUGCAGGACAACUGCAGUGGCUGGCUAUCUUCCAUACUAUCAUUGCUUCCCAUGGCAUAUUGACAGCCUGAUCAGUGUUAGUCACCACUUUAGGUUUUUCUGUAUCACUUUUAUUUCCUGAAAAAGAUGUACCAAAUGUGAGAUCUUCAGUGUCAGGAACUGGGUAUUGUCUAAUUUGAACAUCUCAUCUUUGUUUAAUAUAGGUAGAACCCAUUUUAGAUCAACCAUCUGAAACUCUGAAACAGGAUUAUAGUUUGAUUAGAGGGGUUUAAUAACACUUUUUUUCUAUAGUCAGUUAAGCAUUAAUAGAAACUAGUCUAAUUCUAAUGGUAAAUAUUUUUAUUCUUGAGUCCUCUAGGAGUGAAUUUUUAAGGAUGUCUAGUGUCUUUAAAAAAAUAAAGCCUCUAUAAAUUCCUUUAAUUUUCCAUGGGAUUGAGAAAUAAAAUUUCAGUAUCUAUAAACUGUCUAUGGAGUUUAGUCCUUGUUUCAGAUUUAAAUAGAUAAAAAUAUCAGGAAGUAUUUUAGCAUUUUCUAGGUAUCUCUAAGCUAUUUUAUUUCCAUGGUUGAUAAACAGUGAAAAUUCCAUCUUUUCUAACUACUAGGUACAACCUUGAGCCACAAAAAAGGAUAUUCUGCCCAAAAGUUUGGAAGUACUUUUUGAGGUGUGAAGUAUCUCAUGGAAAAACUGUUACUUGGUUCAAUUCAGUUCUUUCGUAGAGUUUGGGACUAGGUAUUUGUUUUUUUAAAUUUUCCCGAUAUUUGACACAAUGAAUAUGAAAUGAAUGUGCUUUGGGGUUAAAAAUCACCUGCUGCAUUUUGGGUUUUUGGUUGGCAACCAGAUGGACCUGAUUAGAGCAGUCAUUUCUUGCUAGGUAUAAAUUAAUCACCAAUAGUAGUGUUGCAUCUGUAAUGUUUGUUUGCUUUAGAAAAUGUUUUAUUCUUGAUGUAAAUGUACAGUGCAUUGAGGCUGUAUUAUUCUUUAAGACAGCCCUAUACUUUGCCUUUAUAAUAAUCCCUUAGAUAAUGAGGAAGCACAAAUAAACAAUUAAACUCUGGUCAUCUUAGACCAUCUCCCACCCCUCUAUAUUUUCUGAUCCUAAAAGCAGCCUAACUGAAAGUUAGUAAUAAAUAAGCCGGACCAAUAGAAAUGGAUGUGGGAGUCUUUGUGGUAUGGUAAAAUAUUAUAAUUAUCUGUGAGGCUGCCUUACAUUCUUUUGCAAUCGUUUUCUCAUCAUUCAUUCAUUCUGCAAACAUUCAUUGGGGCCUGCUUUGUGCACAAAGGCAAGCUGACAGCUUCAGGAAUUUGCUGUAGCCAAGGAACCCUGGAAGCAUAGCCCCUUAAGCAGGGCAUGCAGUGUUGUCCUAAAGGGAGUGACAGUUCUCCUGAACAGAAAGAUCAAAUGGAUUCUGGUCAGUUGGGCAAGGCUUGUAGUUCUCUUGAGCAAGUCUGGUCUGACUGGAGACCAAAAGUGCCCUUCUUCAUCUUUCAAGACGUUGUACCACUUACAUCCACUGUUUGAGAUUGAGCUGUCUGCUCUUUAGGGUAGAAAAUCCAUUGCACAUUGACUAUACAUUAGAAUUUGGUCAUCAUGUUUGAAUGAGAUGGAAGUGGGGUUUUUUUUGUCUGGGGUGGGAUUGGGAGGGAAAUAUCAUCCCUCUAAAAUAACCAUCAUGAAAAAAAAGCAGAAGUAUGUAAAGGUAACAGUAGUGGCAGCCUUUAGGGAAACUGGCAUAGAGCAGAGCUGUGAACAAAGCUCAUUUAUUUGAAAUAAACAUGUUUUUAAAAGUA